AUGGCUUCUUCUAAAGAGGCGUCAGAUGAGGCCCCGUCGGUCAAUGAUGCGUCCACGUCGACGGUCAUUCCGGAUGGAGGCCUCCUGGCUUGGCUGCAAGUUGCAGGUUCAUUUUGUCUUUAUUUUUGCACUUGGGGUCUCAUAGCCAGCUUUGGAUCCUUUCAGACCAUUUACGAAAAUGACGAACUUUCAAGCCGCACACCAUUCCAGAUUUCGGUCAUUGGAUCUCUCCAGACCUUUCUCAUGGUGUUUUCAGGUUUCGUGAUGGGACCGAUCUACGAUGCAGGCUACUUUCGUCAUCUUCUCGCCAUGGGAUCUUUCUUCAUCGUCAUCGGUACGGUACUGCAAAGUCUGUGCAAUCGAUACUGGCAGUAUAUUCUCACACAAGGCUUGAUGAUCGGCAUUGGAGCUGGUUGUCUCUCGAUCCUGAGCGUGGCCAUCACCUCGCUCUGGUUCACCACCAAGCUACCUCUUGCCAAUGGAGUCGCCGCGUGUGGAAGCGGCCUGGGCGGUGUCUUGCUGCCAAUCAUGGUUCGGGAGAUUCACGCGCGAACCACUCUGCCAUGGGCUGUGCGCGCAGUUGCUUUGCUUCUCCUCGUCAUGCUGGGUUUCGCGAAUAUCGUUCUUCGACCCAGAGGCGCUGCCAAAGAGCCACGUCAGCGACGUUCACUUGUUGAUAGAACCGCCUUUACUGACUGGCCAUAUCUACUCUUCGUAGCUGGAUGCUUCUCAGUAUUCCUCGGCAUGUACACACCUUUUGUCUACAUCCAACCCUACGCCCUCGGCCAGGAUAUUGUGUCACCCAAGCUAGCUCUGUACCUGCUCGCCAUUCUCAACAGCAGUUCGAUCUUUGGGCGCAUUUUCCCCGCUCUCCUUGCUCAAAGAAUCGGUCCAAUGAACAUGAUCAUUGCAACGGCAGUGGCCUUGGGCAUCACCAGCUUAUGCCUCAUGUCGGCCACCUCUCUCCCUCGGCUCCUCGUCACCGUCCUUGUUCACGGCUUCUUCACGGGGUCGUUCUUCGCUUUGCAGCCAACCAUCUUUGUGAGGUUGGCGAGUGAUCCCAGGAUGAUUGGAACGAGGUUUGGCAUGGCGUUUUCUGUCAUGUCCUUCGCGCUGUUGUUUGGGCCACCUGUUGCCGGAGCAUUGCGCAGGGCGAAAGGGUACAACGGUGCUUGGAUAUGGGCGGGUUUGACCAUCUUGGUCGGAGGAGGCCUGAUCUUGACGAGCCGACUUUUCAAGGGAAGGGGGGCCUUGAGGAUAUAG